AUGAUUCAGGAGAAGCUUCUAGCGGCUCAGAGUAAGAAGAAGGAGUAUGCGGACCGAAAGGUCCGAGAUCUUGAGUAUAUGGUUGGGGAGCAGGUUCUGUUGAAGGUUUCACCCAUGAAGGGUAUGAUGAGGUUUUGGAAGAAGGGAAAGCUUAGCCCUAAGUUCAUCAAUCCAUUUGAGAUCUUUUGUCGUGUAGGAGAGGUAGCUUAUGAGUUGGCAUUACCUCUAGGUUUAUCGGGGGUUCACCCGGUGUUUCAUGUGUCUAUGCUGAAGAAAUAUCAUUCCGAUGGUUCUUAUAUCAUUCAGUGGGAUUCUGUUCUAUUUGAUCGUAAUUUGUCUUAUGAGGAAGAGCUGAUAGGCAUCUUGGAUAGUGAAGUUCAAAAGUUGAGGUCAAAGGAAAUAGCUUCGGUGAAGGUUCAGUGGAAGCACCAUGUAGUUGAGGAGCCUACUUGGGAGACCGAGUCUGAUAUGCGUAGUAGAUAUCCCCAGCUUUUCACCCAGUCAGAGAGGUCCCGGAUGGCUGUCGGGGUUUUGGGUUCAGACUUGGUGAAACCAGAAGAUUUCUAG